GCAGAGGAACCCCCUAGCAGCCCAAUCCCCAUCUUUUAAUUUCUCCACCGUUCUGUGGAUGCAGGGAUGUGUCCCCCCCAGCUGCGUGUCUGUUGGACCCCACCGGCAGCAGCAGCAGAGGGACAGCAAGGAGGCUGCACAGGUUACAGCCAGGUUGCCCCCAUCCUUCGCCCCCUCGUGCUGGCUGUUUCACUUGUUCAAAGGACAGUGGUGGUGGGGCUGGGACAGCCUGGGGUGGGACUGGGGGCCUUGUUACUUGAGGAAGUAUUUUCAGAGUCCCCUCCCUCUGGAGUUUCCAGUGGUAGAAUAGAGCCCUGUCUAGUAUUUGACCAAAUAUGGUGGUAUCUCUCAUGAGCUCGAGCCUCAGCCAGCUUCUCAGUUAUGCUGUGGAAACCUGCCCCGGACAGAUUAAUCUUGUGACAUUCAGGAGCGCCUGGCACCCUGCGUUCUUCCCUUGGUGAUUCCUGUAAAUGGCCAAGAGUGGCCCUGAGUAGGACGGUGCAGUCCUGGAUGCCUGUUCACGGUGUCCCUCCCCUGUCCUCUUCACACCCCCUUCCACCCCCUCCUCCAUCCCCCGGAUGCCGGCGGGGCGGGGGGGGGGGGACUUGCUCGCUCACAUUCAGCUGGGCUGCUCACUCAAGGGGAGAGAUCCAGACCAGCAGCGCUGGUCCGUUCAGCCCAUGAUUCCAGGAUGUGUAGACCCUGGGGUCACCUGAGCUCAUGAAAUUGUGGCCAGAGCCUGUGAAGCCCAGAAGUCUCUCAGCCAUGAGGGUGGGCCCGAGGGGAUAGAAAGGAGAGUUGGCUGAGCAAUGAGAACCGUGCUUUGCUCUGAUGCUAACGUUCCCAGUAACAAUUAUACAAUUAUUUUAUAAUGAUAACAUUCAUAAUAAACAGCUGUGUUUAUUGAGCACAUACUACGUGGCACUGUGCCAGUUGUUUAACAUGGGUUCUUUCCCUUACUCCUCGUGGCAGCCCCGAGAGGUGGCUACUAUGACAUCCCCAUCCUAGAGAUGGGGGCACUGAGACUCAGAAAGAUUUCAGGGAGAGAUGGGCCAGGCCACUGUCGAUUCCUGGGUACGACUCCCAUUUUACAGAGAAGGAAACUGAGGCUGAGAGAGAAUGGAAGUCACAAGCAGCCACACAGGGGCAGGCCCUUGGAGUGGAGACCUUCUCUACACGAGGGGCGGCGUUGCAUCCGGAAGGCCAGGACAACCGGCCGUGAAGUCCUCACGAACCCGUGACUUGGCCUGCGUGAGAGCACACAGAUUCAGAAACAUGUUCAUAGCAGGCCAGAACUGUGCAGAAAAUAUGCCAAGAAAAACAGAGUGGGGUGGUGGAUAAAGCCCCACAUGGGGACCAGAUACGAACCCCAGCUCUGUCAUCUCUCACUCAUUGUAUAAUCCGAGACAAGUCCUUUCUUCACCCUGGCCCCAGUUUCCCCUCCUGUGAACUACCAGUGUACUGGGGCCACGGAGCUCACCUGAGGCUGGCUGAGGCCGGAGUGCCUGAGGCUGUUUCCCUGGGAGAUGGGGCCUGUGUCCCACUCCUGGCUAGCUCUCUCUGAGAACAUUUGAUCUCCUGACCAACGGACAGCCUGUCCCUCCUCCACCCUUGCCCCCUUGCCAUCCCCCAAACUAACGAAGCCGAUUGUCUCAGGCGGCCCUGUGGGUGCUGGCUGGGCGGCCGGCCGCAGGCCACAGGCGGAGGUACCACCCGCCAGAGCCCCAUCAGACACACAGGGCAUUGUCCCUCAGUCAACAGCCCCUGGGCACCUCGUCCCAGCUCCUGGCCUGCCCCCACGCCCCUCACCGCCUGCCACUGCGCCAGGCCCAGCCAGCUGGGGGCCCAAGGCUCCCAGGCGAUGACGAGCCCACCCACCCACUCCCCCGGCAACCCCCUGACGAGCUAUAAUUGCUUCGCGCCGUCCUGUUGCUGCCAUUCUCCUGGCGGAGGCAUCUGGGGUUCCAGGCGGGUAGCAGCUGCAGGCCGAUCGCCUGGCUCGCAGGAUGGACUGGCCACACAACCUGGUACGUGACGAUUCACCACUCCACCCCCAUCCCUUUUUAGGGCCUGAAUGUUUCGUUACUUCUUCUCUAUUGAUUAAUAGCAGCCUCUGUUUGGCUUGGAAUCUGCAGAGGUGAGUUCUCCCUCUGUCCUCUCCCCCAGGACACGAAGGAAACAGAGACGGGUCUCAGAGGCUGCAGCCAUGGCCAGUAGCUCGGCUCCUGAGCUGCGCUCAGCCCCAUGACACUGAAGCCCUUUCAGGCCAAAGGCAUCUGGGGAGAUCUUGGCCAUCUCCGUUAUCGGGGUUUUUCCAAAGAGCCUCUGGGUCCUGAGAUCCAGGCUGUGUGACCCUGGGCAAGUCCUUCUGUUUCUCUGUUUCCCAUCUAUAAAGGGAGAGCCAGAGUUUAAGAACGCCAUGUGAGAAGCUCCGAUGAGAAAGCCUAUUGUUAGGGAGACAUUUUUCGGCAGCAGAAUCUAGGACCAAAAUGGAAGAAUUCAGCCACUUGAAUCUGUCAUGGAUUUUGUGCCAAGAAAUGGUUCUGCUGAGAGGGGCUCUGCCGGAACUUGUUUCUAAGGGUCAAGACUGGCUGGGUAGAUUGGCACGGGCCGUGUGGGUGGUAGGGUGAGGGAUACAGGGCAGGUGGGAGCCUGGCUAGAUUCAACGAGGAGAUGAAAUUCCCCCUAGAGGGUCCUCCCUUCUGACCAGCCCUGGCCCUCACCCAAGUCCUGGCCCUUCUCUCUCGGCUUCCUGAGGAGUCUGUGUUCUGCUGGGCUCCCAGGUCCUCUGCCGUGUGAGUGAGAGGCUUUCCUGAUGCUCCCAGAUGUGGAUGGUCGGGUGAGGGUGGACAAGGGGUCAGGCAGGCAGAGGGUCCGGGUGUGGACGAGGGGAGCAAAGCUGUCAUGGAGGCCAACAGGGAUCCUUGGCCAUGACCUGCCCACCUCCCCAGCUGCAUCUCCCAGCCGCUUCUUUCAGCCUCCUUUCAGCAAAGCUCUUAACCAACUGAAACUUCGUUUCACACUUUCCUUUCCCCACCCCAUACAAUUUUUAGGCUCCCUCUGCCCAUAUCUGCCUCUGUCUUAUCCUUCAAACCUCACCAGACACGCCCCCUCCCCAGAAAGUCUUUGCAAGUCCACCCCACUGCCACAAGGCUAAGCGGGUGGCCCUGCUCUUCUCUAACCACACGCUGUGUGGUCCCAUCCACACACUGCUGCUAGCGAGGCUUAGGUGCACGUUUUCUUGUUCGCCGUCUGUUUUCCUUGCCAGACUGUAAGCGACAGAUGGGCAGGGAUGGUGACAGGCAUUCAUUCACUCAGCAAAUGUUUACUGAAUACCAAAGUGCCCAGUACCGUGCAGACACAGGAGACGAGGCAGUGUGUGGGAACGGAUACGAUGCUGGCCCUCAUGGAGCCUGUGCUUGGUGUGGGCCCAACAUAUGAAAGAAUCACAUGUAUGCACCGUAAGGCUACAGUCACGCAAGAGGCAUCAGGUGUUGAGAGCCCAAGAAGGUCCACAGAGGCCUCCCUAAGGAAGUGGCACUGGAGCCAAGACCUGAAGGGUGAGAGGCAGGACUCUGCAGGGAACAGCCUGUGCAAGGUCCUUGUGCAGAAAGGAGCAUGGGGAGAGGAAGGUUUGCGAGAAGGUCCGAGGCUGAAGCACGGGUGUGAGGGGCAGCCAGGAGUGAUUUGAGGGAGGAGAACUCAGCAGAGGUCUGGCCUGGGCAGGUGAUGUUAAUAGGUUUGCAUUUCAAACACCCAUCCUUGGCCAGGGUGUGGAGAAUUGAUUGGAAGGAGACAGGGGAGGAUGUGGGGUACCAGGUAGGAGGCUGGUUGAGCUGUCCAAGAAGGGGAGGCUGGUGGUACAGAUAGAGAAGUGGAUGGCUGGGGAGAUUUUUUUUUUUUUUUUUUUUUUGCGGUACGUGGGCCUCUCACUGUUGUGGCCUCUCCCGUUGCGGAGCAUAGGCUCUGGACGCGCAGGCUCAGCGGCCAUGGCUCACGGGCCCAGCCGCUCCGCGGCAUGUGGGAUCUUCCCGGACCGGGGCAUGAACCCGUGUCCCCUGCAUUGGCAGGCGGACUCUCAUCCACUGCGCCACCAGGGAAGCCCUGGGGAGAUUCUUAAGAGGUGCAUCAGGACUUAGCGAUGAGCGUGGUGCAUACAUGCAUCUGUACACAUGUGGUGGGCUGGUGGGACCAGGCCAGGGCAUGACAGGUGAGGGUGGCCCCGCUAGAGGCCUUGCCUCUUCCUUUCCCCUUCCUUGGGCCCCAAAUCUUAGCCCAGAGGGAGACCUGGCUCUCCCACCUUUGACCUGUGGCCUUCCUCCUCAGCUAUUCCUUCUCACCAUCUCCAUCUUCCUGGGGCUGGGCCAGCCCAGGAACCCCAAAGGCAAGAGGAAGGGGCAAGGGCGGCCUGGGACCCUGGCCCCUGGGCCUCACCAGGUGCCGCUGGACCUCGUGUCCCAGGCAAAGCCAUAUGCCCGCAUGGAGGAAUAUGAGAGGAACCUGGGGGAGAUGGUGGCCCAGCUGAGGAACAGCUCCGAGCCGGCCAGGAGGAAGUGUGAGGUCAACCUGCAGCUGUGGCUGUCCAACAAGAGGAGCCUGUCACCCUGGGGCUACAGCAUCAACCAUGACCCUAGCCGCAUUCCUGCAGACCUGCCGGAGGCGCGGUGCCUAUGUCUGGGCUGCGUGAACCCCUUCACCAUGCAGGAGGACCGCAGCAUGGUGAGCGUGCCCGUGUUCAGCCAGGUGCCUGUGCGCCGUCGCCUCUGCCCGCUGCCGCCACGCACCGGUCCCUGCCGCCAGCGCGCAGUCAUGGAGACCAUCGCCGUGGGCUGCACCUGCAUCUUCUGAGACAGCCCUCCCUGCACCCCCGUGCCGAGCAAGGCAAUGAAAAGUAAAGGCUGUCUUUUGGAAA